UGUCCCAUGAUGUGAUUUUUCCUUGCCGUUUGUGUGUUUCGUGCUCGUGAAUCGGUUUUUCUUGUGUUUUCUUUCGUUUCAACUCUCGUGGCGCAUCGACCGACUGUGCGGCCCGUAUUCCCGAUCGCUUGCAGCCGGAAUCGCGGUAUUAUGCUGCUGUGCUAGAGGACUGGUCGAUCAACCGCACACCGACUAGCGACGCAAGGGACGGGCACGGGGGCACAGCGUUUCGAAAGGGAGUUCAGUGGCAACCCGACACAAGAAAGUGAUCUGAUAAUGGCCCGGGAGUAUGACCAUUUGUUUAAAUUGCUUAUUAUUGGUGACAGUGGCGUUGGAAAGUCUUCCCUGUUGAUACGAUUCUCCGACAAUACAUUCUCCGGGAGCUACAUAACCACCAUCGGUGUAGACUUCAAGAUCCGUACGGUGUUGAUUAACGGCGAGCGCGUGAAGCUGCAAAUCUGGGACACUGCUGGACAGGAAAGAUUUAGAACGAUCACCAACACCUACUACCGAGGAACCCACGGUGUGAUCGUAGUGUACGACGUAACGAAUGGCGAGUCCUUCGGUAACGUGAAGCGCUGGCUGCAAGAAAUCGAAUCCAACUGUGACGUAGUGAAUAAAGUACUCGUUGGCAACAAAAACGAUGAUCCAAACCGGAAGGUGGUGAUCACCGAGGAUGCGCAACGAUUCGCGAACCAGAUGGACAUCCAACUGUUUGAAACAUCCGCCAAAGAUAACAUCAACGUGGAGGAAAUGUUCCUCGCCAUCACCGAGCAGGUGCUGCGACACAAGAAGCAAACGCAGAAAGCACAGCAGUCCGAAACGAACAACGAUACGGUGCAGCUGAAGAAGGGAACGCAUAAAAAGAAGAACAAAUGCUGCUAGUGGGGUUGGACCGCAUCGGUCCCUGCCGGUUCACCGGGUCAAACCGUUCCGCUGGACUGUAGCCGCAGUGGCGCAGAAAAAUUGUACAGAUUACGAUUACGAUCAAGGCAUACAACGGACAACGACACGAAACAAAAGCAAAAUGCGCGCAAAAAUAGCAACACACUUGGGCCGAUUUUUCGCCGGUCGCUAAGCAACCGGUGCGGUGCGGCAAAGAAGUAGUUGAUUGGCCGGAAUAGUAUUUGAAGUAGUAAAUGGGAUAGUAUUUGUAUCCCCGAACCAACGCUGAUUAGAAAAACAAAAACCAAAAGCACCAUUCCAAUUCCGGAGUCUCGUCUUGUGGGGAGUGCUGAUGUUGUGCUUUUUUAUGUUUAUUUGGAUGUUGUUCGAUCGUCAAACAACGACAACCUCUCCUCAUCGUCACCACAAAACCAACGAACAACCGAUGUCGAAUGCAAUCCAAGCAGCCACACUUGCAUCAUCCAGCAAACCAUCAUAGUAAUAUAAUAUCAGUAAUAAUAAUUAUGAUAACUGUAACGCUUCUUUGAUUUUCUCGGCAAAACGUGUAUUUAAAAGAACCCGAACGCUAAGAAUGAACGCAAAAGCUCAUCGAAAAAUUGUAUAAAAAAAAACAAACCAAAACAU